UCCGCGUCUAACCAACAGGUUCCCUAUCUGAUAGACACUCUUCUUUUUUACUUUCAUUGACCAUGAUGAAGUUUGCCGUUCUCACUGCUACUCUGGCUGCGAGUGCUUCCGCCUUUGCUCCGGCGCAGUCGAACACCCGUGUGGUGACCUCCUUGAACGCGGAGCGCAGCAAAUCUCUGCCUUUCAUGAAUCGUCCCGAUUUGCUCGACGGAUCCAUGGCUGGCGAUGUCGGUUUCGAUCCUUUGGGUCUGUCCACUAUUGAAGGAGUUGGCGUGGACCUGUACUGGCUCCGCGAGGCCGAGAUCAAGCAUUGCCGCGUCGCCAUGAUGGCCGUGGCCGGUGUCCUCUGGGUCGAGCUCUUCGGGCCCGCCCCCGGCUGCGAAAUGGCCACGGCCAAAUCGCAGACCGACGCCUUCUGGCAGCUCUGGCAGGCUCACCCGCAAUACAUCGCCUUUGGCUUUAUCAUGACCGGACUGGUCGAGAUGAUCACCGGAAUCGCUAUCACCACCGGACGGGAAAGUGGACAACGCGCUCCGGGGGAUUUCGGACUCGAUCCCUUGAAGAUCAAGAACAAUCCCGCCAAGUGGGAAAAGUACUCCUUGAACGAGGUCAAGAACGGACGUCUCGCCAUGUUCGCCGCCGCGGGGCAACUCAUGCAGAGCUGGACGACCCACGAGGGAGCCUUCGAGAACUUGAGUGCCACCUUCAACUAACAACGCAAGUGAGAGAAAGAGAUACGUAUGUCUACCUACCUACGUACACACAAUCACACGUUCUGGGUUUCCAUUCUAGCUAGAACGUUCUCGUACGGAUGUAAUAGCUAUUUCUACCCGUAGCAUGUGUGUUUACCUUUGCGU